UGUUCCGGCGAUGGACCGUUAUAACGUGCUUUUGUUGUCAACAAAGGAUUCGCUGGACUCGCUGCCGGCGUCUGACGGGGUUCGGUUCGUUCCCAGUUCUCGUUGUUAAAUUCGUCCGAUAUUCUCGAUGGAGGAUGUCGAAAGAGCCUCAAAUGUCGCUUGCGGACUGCCCGAAGCAGUUGUUGUUGUUCCGGGCAUCGCUGUCAAGAAUAUUCCGUGACAUCUCCGAAUCUGUAAGUGCGGACGAAUUUGCGGAUAGUUGGACGAUCUUGAGAAAAAAACGGAACGCGUCUAAUAAGCUGCACGCUUUGAUAGUGGACGAAAUGCAGCAAAAAAUGAUUUCGUGCAUGGACGAAUUCAUCGUCGAGGAUGGUUUGAUUCAAAAAUUCAACACACUGCAGAAGAUGUCGCAAGAAUCUGAUGCCCCGGAGAAUCACGAAGCCUGGAGGCCUCCGGGGGAUGUCGAGGAACACUUACGCUCCCUGGAUGCUGCGAUGUACGGGAAAUGUUUGGAAGAGUUGAAAAAGUCUGUUACGAAGAUAGAAGCUGAGAAUCAAAGGCUGAUGCAGCAAGUAUCGAAAGGCAGAGCGGCUGCGAAACGCGUCGAACAAAAAGCAGAUUGUUUGCUGAAUCAACGAAUGAGCUUGUGCUCGGAAUUUGAAAAAGUCUCCAGACAACUCGAAUGUGAUAUAAAAAAUAUGAACGGAUGAAACUGUGACCGUUGUUUUAGAAAUAUUACGCGUAAGUUACGAAUGUGCCUAAUUGAACAUGCACCAAAUAUUCUCAUACCUUUGCGGAGAUUUGUUUACAAGCUCGGUAAUUAUGAUUACAUAGGAGGAACGUUCGAUUACUCCAUCGUCUGUAUUAGAAAGUCCUCCGUCUUUUCGAAAUUUCAACAUUGAAUGAUUGGGCGGAUUCCGAAUGUAGAUUUGUACAUACGAUAAUUAUGUCGAAUCAAUAAAAUUUAUUACUCAAGUA